AUGUUUCACCUGGCAACCGUUUGCCUGCUUCUUCUCGUCUUCGUUUUUCUCAUACCAGCAUGGAUUUUCACAAAUAUUGAACCAGAUUGGACCUACCUUGACGCGUUCUACUAUUGCUUCGUCUCUUUAACGACGAUAGGCUUAGGCGAUUACGAACCAGGUGACAGUCCCGAUCAAGAGUACAGAGGUGUCUACAAAGUUAUUGCGACCGUGUACUUACUGGUCGGUUUAUGCUGCAUGAUGCUGUUUCUUGCUACGUUAUAUGAAGUGCCUCAAUUUGAUUUGACGCGCUUUUUCUUGAAGACGGAGGAGGAGACAAGGAUAGUCGAUGAG